ACAAGGCACGCACCGAUUUUGAGGCAUGGCUCGGGUUGACACCGACUACAGACUGGACUAAAGGUGAGGCGUAAGUCAAGCUUAUUGUGCCGUGGAUCACGUUUUCCCUCCUUUUUAUCUCGUCUUAAAGCCCAAGAAAUGUGGCCCGCGGGUAUGUUUAGUGCAGGGGAGUGUUCUGCAAUAAGAACACCAUCAGUCUUAUGCAAACUGCCGGCUGCCCGGGAUUGUUCAAGCGUGCAUCCUGGCACACAGGAAACAAAAGGCACGACUGUGUCGGCGCAGCAACAGUCCUGCGCCGCCGCUGUGGGGGGAAAAGAGCAUCACCUUAUCACUGUUUAGUGUUCAUCUUUAUGCCAGGAUUGGAGAUCCAAGAAGAGCAUGAUGACGAUCAAAAUCCUGGUCUUUUGCAGCUUUGUCAUGUUUGCCCUGGGCAGCAGUGUUCAGGUGACCCUAGAGGCAGACCGGCCCUCUCUCAGGGUGCAGGUUUUUCACAAGGCUGUCUUGGAGUGCUGCUUCUCCGCCAGCGGGGGCGCAGUGGACAUCACCUGGAUCAAAGUCGUUCAGCUCAAGAACGGAACCAGAACAGGGUAUCUGAACAUGUCUGACAACCGUAUCACUGCAGAGAAGAACAUGAUAUCUGGUGAGACCUGGUGCGGCAUCCUCACAAUAACGGAGGUGCAGUUCAGUGACACGGGGUUCUACCAGUGUUCUCUCAACCACACUGAACUUAAACCCCCAGUCUCCACCCAUGGCACCUUCCUGCAGAUCUACAAGCCAAUACCUAAGACUCUGAACUUACGGGAAAACACCAAGAACAGGAUCCUAGUGGCCGAGGGAAUCUUACUCAUGCUAUGUCUGCUCCUGCCUGGGGCCACCCUGCUCUACAAGUCGAAGAAACUAAAUGAACUGGAGAACAAAAAGAAGCAAAAGGAAGAGGAAAACAUAUAUGAGGGAUUAAACUUGGAGGACUGUUCCCCCGCAUAUGAUCGGAUCGAGCGUACUCCAUUGCAGGACCUCUACCAAGAUGUGGGUAACUGUGCGGACGAAGAGAUCCAACUGGAAAAACCUUGAAGGGAAGGGGUAAUUUGGCAAGGAGAUUAAGAGGGGGGGGGGGUCGAGUGGUUUUAGAGCUCAGUUUAGACCAGGCCGUAUAGGAGAUGGCUGCCGGCUUUAAGAACAUUAUGCUACAGUUGUGCCGAGAAGAUGCUGUAGCGUCCAGAAGAUAACAUUUUGUCUGAUGGGAUUUCCACAGGAAUCAGGAUUAUCCACUUAACCACCAGCACAAACACACACAUACAUACACACACACACAAAUAUAUUUACACACUUUUCAGUUUGAAUCUAGGGCUCCUUUCUUCACGGCCAUGUUUUUUUGUUUUUUUUUUAUCUAGCAGCAAAUCAUUUGACUUGUUUUCAUUUGUCAGGGAACAAUCUGUAUAUUCAUAACUGCUGUGCUUUAAAUAAAUCGUGUCUCUGCAACGUUCUCCCU